AUCGACUACCGUCGAUUCCGUCCGAAUCUCAUUAGUAAAGUGCCAAUGAAGCAAAUCGCUCUAUAAAAUCCCAUGAGAUGCAGCCAACGUCGACGCGGCACAAUUCAAAACAAGCGUUCCAAACUAGAGCAGCUCAACUGCGCCAUGCAGGCAAGCAAGAGUUCUCCAGCGAAUCAGAACCACGGACGUAACAUCUCCGUGGACAUGUACCCGUUCAUACGCAAGUACCAGGACGGCAGCAUCGAGCGUUUCCUGCGCAGUCCAUUCGUGCCGGCGUCGUCGGAUCAGGCCCGCAACCGUGGGGUGGCGACGAGGGACGUCGUCGUCGACAAGGCCACCGGCGUGUCUGUGCGCCUGUUCCUCCCGUGCGGUGCCGCCGAGACCGCAGGCAGGAAUCGGCUUCCUCUCGUCAUCUACGUCCAUGGCGGCUCGUUCUGCACGGAAAGCGCUUUCGGCCGGACGUACCACCGCUACGCGACCUCCCUUGCCGCCUCCGCCGGGGCCCUCGUCGUGUCGGUGGAGUACCGUCUGGCGCCGGAGUUCCCCAUACCUGCGGCCUACGACGACGCUUGGGCCGCGCUCCAGUGGGCGGCGUCCUUGUCCGACCCGUGGCUGGCCAGCUACGCCGACCCCGCGCGCACGUUCCUGGCCGGCGACAGCGCCGGCGGCAACAUCGUUUACCACACGGCAGUCCGCGCCAGCCACGAAGUCAACAACGACAUCAUGGACAUCGAGGGGCUGAUCAUGGUGCAGCCUUACUUCUGGGGAGCCAAGCGGCUCCCUUUGGAGCUCGCGUGGGACGACAACGAAGCCACCGUGGCGGUGUUCCCACCGAACGGGGUGGACCGGCUCUGGCCGUUCGUGACGGCCGGCCAGGCCGGCAACGACGACCCCCGGAUCGACCCUCCGGCCUCGGAGAUCUCAUCGCUGGCUUGCCGCCGCGUGCUCAUCGCCGUGGCCGGUAAGGAUAGCCUGCGGGGCCGCGGCCACCGCCUGGCGGCACGCAUGCGUGAUCUCGACUCGCGUUGGCCUUGGAUGAUCCAGCGGCGCCGCGAGGUGACGGUGGUGGAGUCGGAGGGCGAGGAGCACGGUUUCCACCUCUACAGUCCGCUGAGGGCCACCAGCAAGAGGCUCAUGGGGAGCCUCGUGGAGUUCAUAAACCAGCAGCCCAACUCGUCGCCUGCGAAUCCUAUGGUGCUAGGCGUGCCCACGACGCCGUGCAAGGACGUGUUUGGGUAUGGCAUGGCCAUGAAGGCCUGGUGCACACGGUCCAGUAUGCCACGUAACACUGCUACUUCAUUGAAGAUUGGAAGGGUUGGGCCAUCCAACACAAGAUAUAGGUUAAUCUCAGGUCGACUGCUGAUGACUGCUGGUAACGCUCAUCACAAAGAUCCAUUAUCUGCUGCAGUUCCCUGGACUUGUGUGAUCAACAACUUCUUCUAGAUGACAGCCGGCCUGAUAACGCAAAAAUAAAUGGAAAACGCUUAUAUACA